AUGCGACCCUCAUUCGCCACCGUCCUCGGACUCGUGUCCCUCGGGCUCGGAAGAGAUUGGGUGAAAGACCCUUGGAAGCUGACGGAGGGAUGCUUCCACGUUAGCUACGAGUGCGAGGACGCGCAGACGGUGGCGGGCCGCGGCGACAACCCGAGCGUGGCAGAGUACAUCGCCAGGCUCGUGGACAAGCUCCCCGAGGACACGGUGUACAAGUCCGGGGAGCACAUCAUAUGCUACCAGUACUCCAACGGGCCGGCCGGUUUCUGCCUCUUCUUCGAGGGCCUGGACAAGGGGGCCACGCGCAACAAGAGGGACAUCAAGGCGGCAAUCCCGGUGCUCCUCGAGGUGUCCCCCUCGAGGGAAUGUAAGGGCAGGUGUGGGGAGGCUAGGGCGCACGGCGACACGCGCAACGGGCUGCUCAAGCUCGACUACGUGGGGGAACACUCGUGUGAGGGCAUUUGCUAG